GACGUCUUUCAACCGACAUGUUCUGCUGUGGGCAGAGACGCUUUGCGACAGCAAAUCAGAAGGUGGACGAUCAGGAGAGUUGCUUCUAUGGCAGGCCUGAAGAUGUUCCAGGAGAGGUUCACAUGCUUAUAGUGGGGCUGGACUACAGCUGCGAUCGAGUCUCCUGGGCUGGGAAGAAUGUCUUGGAUACGAAAUAUGCCGUUGACAUGAUGGAAGAUUUGGCACGAUGCAGUGAAGUGGCAUCGUUGGAGAAAUUGUGGAACCAACAAUGCACCAAAGAGAAUGUCAUUGCAAAGAUCCAGGAGGUUGCUGGAAGGUGUGGCGAAGACGACUACUUUAUCUUUUACUACACUGGUCAUGGUGAUCAGCUCAUCAGUCAAGACGACGAUGAAGAAGAGACGCAUGACCAGUGCUUUUGCCUUGUGGAUGCGAAUGGAAGCACAGACGAUGCAACCAUGACAUAUCGUCAUCAAGUUUGGCUCAGAGAUGAUGACUUUGUUGAUGCAGUCCUAGAAGCUAUUGACGAGACUGCCAAUGUGUUGGUUUUAGUGGAUGCAUGCCACUCGGGAACCAUUUGCGAUUUCAAUUCUGGCCUGUGGGCUGAAAGAGGACAGAAGGCGAUAAGCAUCUCAGGCUGUGCAGAUGCUCAAACGUCUGCUGGCACUGGAAAAGGUGGCCACUUUACUCGUGCACUCACACGAUCAGUACAGGAACUGCAAGCACAGCUUGGCUUGGACGCAAACUACAGUGUUGGCCAGCUGUACAACAAAACCCUUGAAAACUAUGAGGAGAGCAAGAAUCAGGGACAUCGACAGGACAUUGAGAUCCAUGGUUGCGCAGUCUACCCCGCCGAGAUGGUCUGGCCACUUGCUCCAAGGCAACCUUACAUAUCCCGAGCAAAUAUGCAGGGGAUGACCUCGCAGAACCACUUUCAGCAUCAAGGAAUGCAGCCUGCCCCUGCAAACUGGAGUCUUGCAGGCUGA